UCCAUCACUUUUGGACCCUAACCUCAACCUAACCUUAAAGCAACUCUUCACCCUAAUAUUUAAUGAUUUACAUUGUGGGGACUUGCUUUUUGUUCCCAUAAGCAAGGCAGGUCCUCACAAUGUGACUGUGUAAACAGAUUCUUGUCCCCACAACAACAGGAAUUUUCCAAAUUUCCAAGAUCACAUAUAUAAUUUGUCCAUUACUUGGUUACAAACAAUGACACAUGUAUUCAAGUGACACAAAACCUUUCACGAUGCACAAACAGUGACACAAAGACACUUUCAGAUAGCUAACAACAAGUAAGAACAACAAUAGACAUGCAUCUUGGACUUUAUUAGUGUAUUCCUGACAGUUUGAUAAGUUGCAUUUCAUAUGUAUGUUAGAAUGUUUCCAUCAAAGCAAACCAGAAAUAGCCGCCUAAGUCAGUUUUAGGGAAUAGCUAACUUUCUAAUUAGUAUGGUGUUGAAACGCUGUCCCAAGAACAGGUGCUAUGAAUAAUAAAAGCAGUUUAUUGCUGUCUUCAUCUGUCCACACCCAGUAACACUGGGCUGAUUAGGAUGUUAUUAAUGUCGUACAUUUUGGUCAAGACAAGCUCCAGUUAAGACUUUAGGCUAUAAGACACAAUAACAAAGCCAAACAGGGAUUUCAACAUGCUCCAAAAAGGUUUUGUGUGUGUGUAUGUGCGCACUUAUGUAUUCACAGUUCGUUGGGAGGCUUGCAUGCAUGUGUGUGCAGCUGUGAUUAGUGCAUGUCAGUGGCACUAUGAGUAUUGUAAUGGAUGAGGCAGGCACUCAGGUCCCCAGUGAGUGUCUCUCCGUGUAUAAAACCAGCUUUUUCCUGGACACAAGCAGUCACGCCUGGAUGUACAUCUACCACAGUAGUGAGUCUUAUGUAAAGACAGGAGCUGCUUCCUAUGGUAAGAACUGAACGAACAGACUGGAGUGAACAGAAAAAUCAAGAGAAGAGACAAAGCAGCAAAUUCAUUCAUAUUACUUAUAUUGCAGAUCUUCAAAUGAUGGAUGGUAAGUGUUUGUUUUAUGAUCAAACUUGUCUGAGCUCAGUGGAAAAACAUUUACGUGAUAAUGAUUAUAGACAAAAGAAAAGUUCAACAUACAUUUCUCCUCUCCUCUCGUGUCCCCUCCCCUCCCCUCCUCUCCUCAGGUCCUCAGCUGUCUCAGAACUGUGAGCUAUCUCUGCCCUACUGUGCAGACAAGGGGGCACUGUCGAGUGCCAAGGCCCCCCAGGUCAGUGGGGUACAUGUCCAGCUGGAGAUGCAUGCACUUUGGCAGCAGUUUGAUCAUCUGGGCACAGAGAUGAUUGUAACAAAAGCUGGAAGGAGGAUGUUUCCAACAUUCCAGGUUCAAAUCUCUGGGAUGGAUCCUACUGCCGAAUAUGUCCUGCUCAUGGACUUUGUCCCUGUUGAUGACAAAAGAUACAGAUAUGCCUUCCACAGCUCAUCCUGGUUGGUGGCAGGGCGAGCAGAUGUUGUAGCCCCAAGCAGGAUGCAUUUUCACCCAGACUCACCUGCCUGUGGAGCCCAGUGGAUGAAACAGACUGUAUCUUUCGACACACUCAAGCUCACCAACAACCUGCUGGAUGACAAUGGACAUAUGAUAUUGAACUCAAUGCAUCGUUAUCAGCCACGCUUCCACGUGGUGUAUGUGGAUCCAGCUCCAAACAGUAACUUAAAUGCAUACAGAAACUUCUGCUCUUUUUCCUUCCCUGAGACACGCUUUAUUGCCGUCACUGCCUACCAGAACCACCGGAUCACCCAGCUAAAAAUUGCUAGCAACCCAUUUGCUAAAGGCUUCAGGACUACAGAACCCCAGGACAGGGUGGGUAGUUCUGGACACUUAACAGUGUGGUGUCCACCAGAGGGCAGAGCAGAGCCACUCAUCACCAAAACUGGAGAGCAGAGAAGCUGGGACUCAAAGAUGUCAACCAUUCAGGAGGACCCAGCCCAGCUGCUGAUGGAACAGUGUGAACUGUACCACCACUGUAAAGACUCUGUAGGGCUCACUGUAGGGAGGAAAGAUGUGCACAGUAUAAUAGCACCUGUUUCCUUCCUUCCUAUUUCUUCCUACUGGGACUGUCCAGGAUCAUCUCAAGAGAGCGGCAGUCUGCCAUAAGGAAAGAAACUGGCCGAGUUUUGAAUCAAAUGUCCUUUGUCCCUCAUUUGAUAUCAUACAACUUUAUUGUGUGCUUAAUCAUAAAUAUAGUUUGUGGUCUCCCUGGCAAAAUCAAUUUACAGGAAUAUAAACUGUGUAUUAUGCAAGUAUUCCAUCAAAAAGAUAAUGACUAGGGCAAUAUGAUAGAUUUCCAGCAGUGACACUAUAUGCCGUAGCUUACAACAGGAGUCAAGUCACUGUAAAGUACUACAGAAUUAUAAUAGCAAUACAUCACUGACACACAAAAAUCACAAAACACUAAAACCCUACAAACACACAGCUGUGAACAACAAGCACACUAUAGUAAUUCUCACAAGUAAUAUUAUUAAAAUCAUACAGUAAUUUCUCUUUAUUACAUUUUUGCAACUGCAAUGCAUUCACCUCUUGUUUGAGAUAAUAAAAUU